ACGGCGCGGCGCGAGGGCAGGGGCCCGCGCGGCCCGGCGCGGUCCGUGCGCUCCCCGCCAUGCCCAGCCGCCCCGACGACUACGAGGUGCUGCUCACCAUCGGCGCCGGCUCCUACGGGAAGUGCCGCAAGGUGCGCCGCAAGGCCGACGGAAAGAUCUUGGUAUGGAAGGAGCUGGACUAUGGCGCGAUGACGGAGUCGGAGAAGCAGAUGCUCGUGUCGGAGGUGAACUUGCUGAGGGAGCUGCGGCACCCGAACAUCGUGCGCUACUACGAUCGCAUCAUCGACAGGAGCAGCACCACCCUGUACAUCAUCAUGGAGUACUGCGACGGGGGAGACCUGGCCAGCCUGAUCGCCAAGUGCGCCAAAGAAAGGCAUUUCUUGGAUGAAAGCUUUGUUCUCCGAGUGCUGACUCAGUUAACGUUGGCCUUGAAGGAGUGUCACAGACGGAGCGAUGGUGCAGUCACUGUGCACCGGGACCUGAAACCAGCAAAUGUCUUUCUAGAUGGCAAACAGAAUGUGAAACUUGGAGACUUUGGACUGGCUAGGAUAUUGCACCAUGAAACCAGCUUUGCCACAACAUUUGUUGGCACUCCAUAUUACAUGUCUCCAGAACAAAUGAACUACUUGUCAUACAAUGAAAAAUCUGACAUCUGGUCACUGGGAUGUAUCGUGUAUGAAUUAUGCGCUCUCUCGCCUCCAUUUACAGCUUUCAACCAAAAGGAGCUGGCAGAAAAGAUAAGGGAAGGGAGGGUCAGGCGAAUACCAUAUCGUUACUCAGAUGAGCUGAACGACCUUCUCAAGGAGAUGCUGAAUGUAAAGGAUUACUGCAGACCUUCUGUUGAAGAUAUUCUGCGGCACCCCUUGAUAGAAGAUGUGGCAACAGAAGAACAAAAACAGAAUUCUGAAAGAAGAGGCUUCAAACUGUGGGAGCCAGAAAGGCUGCAGUUCUCAGAUGUUGUAGUAAAUGAGCUGAAACGAAAGGAGCAACAAUUAGAGGAGCGAGAGCAAGCCAUUAAAGAGAGAGAACAACGUCUGGAGCAGAGAGAACGGGAACUCAGUGUUCGGGAGAGACUGGCAGAGGACAAACUUGCUAGAGCUGAGAGCCUGCUGAAGAGGUGCAGUCUCCAGAAGCAGCAGCAGCAGGAGGUAACGUGCGCGGAAGGUCCAGAUAAUGCACUCCUGCUUCCCCUUUCUACAACCAAGAAGAACUUACACUCUGAUGGAAAUGAAGAGAAAGCUGUACCUCAUAAUAUGGAAAACUAUUUCCUUUCCAAAGGAAAAAGCUCUGAUCUCAAAAGGCGUCUCUAUGCUGCAAAUCUACGGGCUCAAGCACUGGCUGAACUGGAAAAAAACUACCAACUAAAGAGCAGACAAAUCUUGGGCAUGCGUUGAAACUGUAACAGAAAUAUUUAUCUUUGAAAGGAAGAUUAAAUGUAUAGGCAGAUACUUGUGCCUCCCUCUCUUAAGCUAGAACUACUGAAAAAUUAUUUUAACAGUUUUACAAACUCUUCGUUUAUGACAGGUAGUUUAUGAUAAAUGCAUAAGAUGCUAUAUGAUGAAAAUAGGGACUUUUGAUACCAAAUAAAACAAUCUGAAUUAAUUGUAUUAUUAAAGAAAAAUAUUUUGGUCCUGUUUACCCUACUUUACUCUUCUGAAAAUAUAAAGAAUGAAUAUAUAUAAAUUAUUUUAUUAAAAUCUGAUGUGAAAAACUUUUCAGGUGAAAAAUGUACAGAGAUUUACAGUCUGUAGGUUAAAAUGUUGUAUGUAAUGCACAGUUGUUGAUAAAGGAAGUAUUGAUAUUCUGUA